AUGGCCACCAUCCCGAGUUCUGACGACCCCGAGGAGGUUGCAGAGGCUGCUGAGACGAUUGAAGGUGAUGCGACGGCCGCGAUGUUGCCAGCAAGCUCCCGGGUUGGCAUGCAAAAGAUACUGGACUACACCUCAUCCAUGAACUGGCCCAAGAGGAGGGAGUGCCCAGCUUGCGAGAAGGCAGAGGACGGCUUCAACCGCUUUCUGCAGACUCUAGCCUUUCUGCAGGAGUGCCUUCUGUGCAACCAGCGCUUCUGCUCCGAGCACGCGCAGCCCUUCGACUUUCCUGCCGGGGCGCUCCCGGACAACAUCAGCCGCGCCUAUGUGUGUGCCGCUUGCCGUCCACAAGCCGAGCACAUCGCGGCGGAUCACAAGGACUGCCUCAGGCAGACACGGCAGAUCCGUGCCAUGGCCCAGCGCCAGAAGGCGUUGCACACCGGCUGCCAUCAUCAAUCACGCCCAGAAACGACGAAGUUCUGCAUUGAAUGUGACGCGGCUUCCACUGCCAGUUGUGAAGUCUGCGGCCUCAGCCUUUGCUCGCUUCAUGCCGAGCUUCAUCCUUCCGAUGUUGGGAAGGCCCGCCGCCUCAGUGUUUGCUCCGAAUGCCGUGGCUACGCCUCGGCGAGAGCCGCUGCGUGCACGGCCGUGCGGGCAGCCCGGGCGGCUUUCUUCUCCGCAUGCCUGGCAGCUUCGACACCACGCCUUGGAAUUUAUGGUCCUGCGGCGACGCUGGAGGAAGCAGUGGACUGCGCGGCAUGUGGCUUGGUCUUCACGAAGCUGCCGGGCUCCUUGCGGCACCAUUGCCGUGCAUGUGGGAGGUCCUUAUGCGCUGUUUGCCUUUGCGGCGUUGCGGGCUGCCUGGUGAAUGUUGCUCGCUGCCCGCACAAAGCCAGGUUGUACGACAAAGAAGAGCGGAUCUGCAAGGAUUGCCUACACGUGGCAACUGCGCGGGUGCACGCGCGGACGGCAGCGAGUGCAGUCGUUGACACUGCCUGCAAGUAUGCGGAUCACUGCCUUCGAGUCUCUGCUUUCCUGGAAGAUCCGGAAGCCUUUCCACUCUAUGAGGCCAACCGAGUCGACACCGUCCAGGAGAAGCUGUGGCGGGCCGGUGGUUUCGCUGUAGAAGGCGCCCGCCGCGCCGCCCCGCUGCUUUCGCUUCCCUGGGCGCUGGGGGUGCGGGCGGUGGACGUGGUGUGGAACUACGGCCAGUAUGGUAUUCUGGGCUUCCUCUUGCGUGAGGAGAUCAUGCAGGGGAUCAAGACCUUGCUGAGCUUCAGCUCUGCAUUGCAAGAUAUUCCGCCCAAGGACCUGCUCGUAGGGAUCCUCUACUUGAGUGCCGAGCAGAGGAAGGCUGUGCGAGACGCCCCGGAUGAAAAUCGCCGACUUGCCAGUCAAGUCGGAAAGCCCGUCCCCCCGGAACUGCUGCAAGCGCUCAUCAGCAUGGCACUGAUAGGAACGUAUGCGCCGUACCACGAGACUCCGUUUGAGGUGCAGCGUUUUGCCCUGCAGCAGAACUGGCGCCUGGUGACGGAGCGACUGAGCGAAAGCUGGAAGCACAAGCCCGCCUGGGCCCUCUUCCUGAGUUCUGAGCAUCGGACCGCGGCCCUGUCCAUUCGUGGCACUGACGUCGAGCAGUCGCGUGGUGGAGACCUCUUCACCGACUUCGACGCGGUUCCCGCGAAGUACGAGACCUCCGACGGCUCCGCCACGCUCAUGGCCCACAGCGGCGUGCUGGCUGCAGCCGUGGCACUCGAAGCGGAGCUCCGACCGACCCUGCGGACCCUGGCGACCGCCGGCUACCGCAUCGUCCUCACAGGGCACAGCCUGGGGGGCGGCGUCGCGGCUCUGCUGACCUGGCUGCUGCGGCAUGGUACCGGUGGGGAGCGGCUGCCUCGGGGACGUGAAGGCCAGGCCUUUGGCAUCGGCUACGCCAUGCCAUCCAUUGUAGAUCGAACAACUGCAGAGGAGAUGAAGCCCUUUUUCACUUCGGUGGUCAACUCCAUGGACGUCGUGCCACGCCUCAGCAAUGGUACUCUCGCGCAGCUCGGCUCUGAGAUUCGAGCCUGUGCCGAAGAGAGUGGUGCUGCCCUGGACGAAGACGUGCAGCACUACGUAGAACGGCUCACGAGUGUCUGGGCCCCUCGAUUUCGGGACGGCACGCCGCUGCGAGAUUUGCCGCAUGCGAAGCCCGCAAGCCCCGCGAAGCCGGGCCGCUCGCCAGAUUCGCACAUUGCCCACGACGCCUGGACCGCAGAGGCUCCAGAUGGCAUGGAUGAUGUGAUGGAGGACUUGUAUGUCCCUGGCAACAUUGUCUGGAUCCAUCGAGUGUGCGGACACCUUGAAGCAGCGCUGGUCCCGUGCGGGAUCCGACCACUGCGCCGGCUUGUUCUGGACAAGCGCAUGUUUGCCGAUCACACGGCGCAGGCGAUUCACCAGGCUCUCCUCGCGGUGCAAUCGAAACGGCCUUCAGCCACUGAUGUUGCGUGGCAAAGGUUUGCAGACGCUGGGGAGAGAUGUCCUUGCUGCGGAAGCCGCUAUGAGUGGAUGAACACGGCGCGAAGUGGGAAGAUGCGAUGCCAUGCUAUGACGAACUGUCGCAUGUGCGGUUUGGUUGUGUGCCUUGGCUGUGCGACUUCGCGACGCUCCAUCCCAGAGUUGUGUAUUGACUCCGCCCGGGUAUGUGACCGCUGCGCUUGGCGCUGUGAUGGCAGCUCGCUGCAAAGCUUGCCUGCAAUCUUCCAAUCCUUAGCAGCGCCAGCGUGA